GCAGGAGCACGCUGACAGCAUCAGAACCUACAACCAUCUCCAUCCGCGGCUGACCAGCUUGCUAGCUGCUGGCUAGAUUGAGCUUUAGUCGCGCAACUAGGGCGCCCCCUUUGCCCUUUCGUGUCGCAUUGACGAACCACGGUAGACACACGCGUUUUUGUCGUGCAAACACCACCCGAGACACCUCGUUUAAGGGUUCAACGAUCUUACCCGGGACCUCAUCAACUGCCUCUUCUUGGUCUUGGUCUUGCUCUGGUUUUUGUCCUCGUCCCCGGAGAGAAAAAGGCGAUCGUCAUUUUUCACAUCGGGGAUUUUUAACUUUACUGAUAAAAAAACCUACCGACGGCGACGUUUUCAAGUUUAUUUUGUGAAAAAAAUUUUGUGUUUUCGUUUUUAAAAAAAAUUUAUCAAAUAAAAAAGGAUUUUUAUUGAUAAUUCAUUGAAGAUUUAAAAGUUUUUGUGAAAUUGAGUCACGAACAAAAUGAUCAAGUGGUCGGAUUUUUGGAACUGGCGACAGUGUUAUCAGUGACGAAAAUUGGUCAAUAUUGAUCUGCAUUUUUUUUUUUUUUCAAGUACAAAAAGUAAAGUGAUUGUGAUUAUUGUGCACCGGAAGGUUCAACCAGAUAAAUUUUAAAUCAUUGGAGCGGCUACGAGAAUGCAGCCGUUGGAUCGUUCCAGCAGUACAAUGGCAGCCACUGACACACCAACAAGCUUACCACCCGCUGGUACUGACGAUUCCUCCAGCAGAUCAAGGAGCUCGCCGUCAUGCAGAAACCUUUCAACGCUGACCUUCUCGAUUGCGAAGAUCAUGGAGCCCGACAAGAGACUCUCGGAUUCGUGUUCCUCGGCCGCAGCAACGAUCCUACGUCAGCCAGCACCCAGCAUUUCAUCGCUUAGCUAUUCAGCGCACCUAGAAUCGGCUUUCAAGAAAUACGUACCAACUUUACGACAGCAGACUCUGCUCCAACAUUACCCACUGCUCUAUUAUCAUCCCAAUCCGCUGCUAAGAGCAUUUCCAGGUGGUCCAGUUUCCAGCAAUAGCACAACCAGUAUCAGUAGCCACUCAGUUUCGCCGCCUAUCUCACCGUCGCAUCAAACACGGUUGGACUCCAGCAGUGUCUCAAGUGGUAAAAAGUCUCCCAUAAAUCCUGGUGCAGUAGUGCCUAUUCCAAGUGCAUCAGUUCCCGCCUCGGCGACUCAAUCGCCCAGUGGACAACCGGCUCACAUUUCACCGGGACGUGAAUUAAACCCAGGGAAGCAGAAAACUUUUGCUUGUCCAGAAUGUGGCAAAGUAUUCAAUGCCCACUACAACUUAACGCGACACAUGCCGGUGCACACUGGAGCAAGACCGUUUGUCUGUAAAAUAUGUGGCAAAGGAUUUCGUCAAGCGAGCACUCUAUGUCGUCACAAAAUAAUUCAUACUGCUGAAAAACCACACAAGUGUCAGACAUGCGGCAAGGCCUUCAAUCGUAGUUCAACAUUGAACACUCACACACGCAUUCAUGCGAACUACAAACCAUUUGUGUGUGAAUUUUGUGGCAAGGGGUUUCAUCAGAAGGGCAAUUACAAAAAUCACAAAUUGACACACAGCGGUGAGAAGGCCUACAAAUGUAACAUAUGCAAUAAAGCUUUUCAUCAGAUUUACAACCUAACUUUCCACAUGCACACGCACAAUGACAAAAAACCAUUCUCAUGCAAAAUAUGUGGGAAAGGUUUUUGCAGGAAUUUCGAUCUCAAGAAACACAUGAGGAAGCUGCACGACGCAGUGUCGCCAGUAAUGAGCGCCAGCAAUUUAGGAAGUGCUGCAGGACAGACCCACGUCGAACAGUCGGGAUUUUCCGCGGUCCAUCAUGGCUCGACGGGCCACGCUUUCGUAAGCCCGUUUCUGCUGCCCUCGCCGGGUUCUCACCAGGCCAGUUACUUCAGCAAAAUGUUGUGACAGACCGAGAACGCUCAUUACGCCAACCGAAAACAGUGUCCUUUAUUUUUGACAUCUAUGAACUAUACUCACGAUACAGGACAUCUAAGUCUCAAGUAAAAGAUGUCUAUAUACAGAAGUAUAUUUACGAACGAGAUUACCGUUGCUACAUUUCAAUUGAUUUCAAUGGGGAUAAAUGCUUACUCGAGAUCAAAGAACUGUAACAUACAUUUAUAGUUUUCGGUUGCUUGGUUUCUUUAUGGAAUACAAGGUUUCAAAUCUGACCAAGCGAAAAGUGUUAAAAACUACCCCAUGGGAUUCGAAAAAAAAGAGAAGGCUACUGCUGGAUAUGAUGGUUAUAGAGGUUAAAAUGUAUGACACGAGGUUUACAAGUGCGCAAUUCCGGUGGGAAUGGGCACCUGUGAUUCUCAUAAUCGUUUUCAAACCCCAGUGAAUUUUUUAUAUAUAAAUGGAGUUUAUAUAUGGACAUCAAAAAUAUAAAAGCGGUGCAAUUAUGACUGAAUUUUGAUUUUUUUUUUUAUGUACAUAUCUUGUAAAUAUAUAAGUGUAUAGAAUGUUAUGGCGGAGAUUAAAAUACGAGAGAGUAUAUAAAAAUAAAUAUAUUAUAUAUAUAAUGAUCAAAAAUAUAUUAUUAUAAUUACGGAUUUAAUUAUGAGCUGAUUCGCACGUAGAUUUAUAUAGUUGACGACAAAUAUAUGAUGAACAUAUAUAUAUAUGUAUUCGAUUUAUUGAUUAAUGUACGAAUCGGUGUGAUAGUAGACUUAAGUUUAUAAAUUUAAAAAAAAUAACUUACCUAGAUAGCUAAUUUUUAUGAUCAUUCGUUAAAAAUAUAUAUUUGCAUUUAUUUUUUAUUUUGCAUAGGGAUUAAAAAAUUAUUUCUUCAUUUGACGGCUUGUGUAUAUUUGAUGCAGAUUGAAAAUUCGUGACUGAUUUUUUUUCAAGCACGCCCUUAUCAUGGUUCCAUCUCACAUUAUUAUUGCGGGAUUAGGAAUAACGCAAUUUAAAAGUGCAUCAAUAAUUAAAUAAAAUUUAAAUGUAAAUUAUAUUAUUAUUAAAUAAAAAAUGUGCAUUUAUUAUUAAUUAAAUUUAUUGAAUAAUUAUGAAUGAUGAUUACAUGUAUUUGCAGAUAUUUAAAGAAAAAAACAAUGGUAGCGGCAAAAUUGCAUAUAUGUAUACGUGUUUCCCGUUUGUAAAUAUUUCCUUCGUCCAAAGCAAUAAAUAAAUCGAUACGA